CGGCUGCGCAGUGUCGGCACAUCCGGGCACUGGGGCAGGAUGAGCGCUCCUUUCCAAGAUGGCGGCGGAGGGAGGUGGGAAGGAGAUGAACGAGAUUAAGACCCAGUUCACCACCCGGGAGGGGCUGUACAAGCUGCUGAGCCACUCGGAGUACAGCCGGCCUAACCGCGUGCCCUUCAACUCGCAGGGCUCCAACCCCGUCCGCGUCUCCUUCGUCAACGUCAACGACCAGAGCGGCAACGGGGACCGGCUCUGCUUCAAUGUGGGCCGGGAGCUCUACUUCUACAUCUACAAGGGGGUCCGCAAGGCUGCGGACUUGAGUAAACCAAUAGACAAAAGGAUAUACAAAGGAACACAGCCUACAUGCCAUGACUUCAAUCACUUAACAGCCACAGCAGAAAGUGUGUCUCUUCUAGUGGGCUUCUCUGCAGGCCAGGUCCAACUUAUAGACCCUAUUAAAAAAGAAACUAGCAAAUUAUUUAAUGAGGAAAGACUAAUAGACAAGUCCCGAGUAACCUGUGUAAAAUGGGUACCAGGUUCGGAAAGCCUUUUCCUAGUAGCUCAUUCCAGUGGCAAUAUGUACUUGUAUAACGUGGAGCACACUUGUGGUACCACAGCCCCGCACUACCAGCUACUUAAACAAGGAGAGAGUUUUGCAGUGCAUACUUGCAAGAGUAAAUCCACAAGAAACCCUCUGCUUAAAUGGACAGUAGGUGAGGGUGCCCUGAAUGAAUUUGCCUUUUCCCCCGAUGGGAAGUUCUUGGCAUGUGUGAGCCAGGAUGGUUUUCUUCGCGUGUUUAACUUUGAUUCUGUGGAAUUGCAUGGUACAAUGAAAAGCUACUUUGGAGGACUGCUGUGUGUGUGUUGGAGCCCUGAUGGGAAAUACAUAGUGACAGGAGGAGAGGAUGACUUGGUAACAGUUUGGUCCUUCGUGGACUGUCGAGUUAUAGCGAGAGGCCACGGACACAAAUCAUGGGUCAGUGUCGUUGCGUUUGAUCCGUAUACCACUAGCGUAGAAGAGAGUGACCCGAUGGAAUUUAGCGGAAGUGAUGAGGAUUUCCAAGACCUUCAUUUUGGCAGAGAUCGAGCAAAUAGCACGCAAUCUAGACUAUCCAAAAGGAACUCUACAGACAGUCGUCCAGUAAGUGUUACGUAUAGAUUUGGUUCAGUAGGCCAGGACACACAGCUCUGUUUGUGGGAUCUUACAGAAGAUAUCCUCUUCCCCCACCAACCUCUCUCAAGAGCAAGGACACAUACAAAUGUCAUGAAUGCCACAAGUCCACCUGCAGGAAGUAGUGGAACUAACCCAGGAAGUAAUGGAAACAGUAUCACAACACCUGGAAACUCUGUACCCCCUCCUCUUCCACGGUCAAACAGCCUUCCACACUCUGCAGUCUCAAAUGCUGGCAGUAAAAGCAGUGUCAUGGAUGGUGCCAUUGCUUCUGGCGUUAGUAAAUUUGCAACCUUAUCGCUACACGAUCGGAAGGAAAGACACCAUGAGAAAGAUCACAAGAGAAACCAUAGCAUGGGACAUAUAUCUAGCAAGAGCAGUGACAAACUGAACCUAGUUACUAAAACCAAAACGGACCCAGCUAAAACUUUGGGAACACCUCUCUGUCCCCGAAUGGAAGAUGUUCCCUUGUUAGAGCCUCUUAUCUGUAAAAAGAUAGCACAUGAAAGACUGACUGUGUUAAUUUUUCUUGAAGACUGUAUAGUCACUGCUUGUCAGGAGGGAUUUAUUUGCACAUGGGCAAGGCCUGGUAAAGUGGCCCUGAUGGGAAACCUUAAUAGGAUUACAGAACAGUUGGAUUAAUCUGAAAAUAUAGAAACAGAAUUUGGAAGGAACAAAAGUAAACUUUAUUGUGCUAUCUUUAUAGCUACGUCAAACUGAAUUACAGGAUCUGCAGAAGCAAUUUAAAAAACCCCAGCAAAAGCAACCCACAAAACCCCAAAGUGGUACUUGGAUAUGCAAAAUAAGUUUUCUGUGAACUCAGUGGUCAGAGUAACUACUUAUGUGAUUUCUGUGUUGGACUUCAGAACUGACUGUCUGUACAGCAAAUCCAUUUUAAGUGAAUGAAAGUUGCUGGUGAGUUCCCUGUGUCAGAAAGCUCAAGGUAAGAUUGGCCAGAAGCACCCCCAGGUGAAAUGGCAGUGUAUAACCUAGCAAGAGAAACAUCCUACCACUUUGUAAAACAAAUGCACGUGGAAUUUAUUUAUUUGACUUAUUGUACAGGAAAACUUAGACUUAAAUUAUAACAUCCUUGAAUUUUCUAGUUAACUACAAUUGUAGUACAGUAUCAUGUUUUAGUAUGACUUCUGUUUUAGUGAAAGUACUUAAACAUUCAUGUACUAUAUUUGAGUGAGACGAGCAGCUAUACAUACUAAUUCUUCCUCAGUGGAAAGGAGCAUUUCAUCAUUACAAUUGAAGUUCAAUUGCUGGUAUUUAAGUACUAUCAAAUAGAUUUCUUUCAACGUGAUACGGUAUCUGUAUAAACUUCAGGGAUGAUUAUAGUUAAACUGAAACACAGCUAUACAACUUCAGGUUACCAUGCUAAAAUUUGAAUCUUUCUGUAAUGUGCACAAUAGCAAAGUUGCACAUGGCAUACCCACAUUAUCAGGGUGAAUUAAAACUAGAGUACACUGGUGUGAUAUUUAUAGCAAGGUAUGUGUGUGUGUGCGUGUGUGAGGAGGUGUGACAAGUGGCUCCAGAAAAGCCAGGAGAGAUCAUAACCCUGUGAAGGCUUUAUGAUGAGGAUGUCUGGAUUAGGAAAUAACAUGACUUUUACUAAACACUUUCUAGAAAACCCAUGUUCUGCAUUAUCACCUCUUAAAAUUUGAGUAUGUACUUGGAAUGACUGUAUAUGUCUGCCCCUUUAACAAUAUAAAAAUACUAAAUUAAUAUUUAAAAUGCUGGCCUGCUUAUGUUACAAUAAUAAAAUUUGUGUCAGUUAAUUUACUGUCAAUUUACAUGUAAAGAUUAAACUAUUUUUUCUGCAUUUUAUGAUUCUGUAUACUGGAGUUUGUUAAAGAUUGACAUGUUAGGUGAUACUGUACAAAAUUGUAUUGACUACCUUUAGUGAAAAUCAAAAGUAAAAUUCAUAUGUAUUUCCUUUUUACACUUCCAUCUAAUUUCUUGACAACUUGAAUAAAUUUCAUAGAGCCUU